AAUAAUAAUAAUAGAAAAAUAAAAGAUGAGAAGAGAAGGGGUGGUGAGGACGUUGAAUUAGAAUUUGAUCUGAGCAAAAGCGUAGUCGAGUUUGAUCUGAAAUUAUUAGGCAGUAUGGGAAGUAGCACAGGGCAAGGCGGGGUUAGGUCGUCGAGAGCGACGAAGAUGGAAAACGGAAGCAAAGUGGAAGAAGGUCUGAUUGCCUUCAAGUCCGAUCACUUCGACGCCGACGCUUUUCUUCACUCCAAAUGCUCUCUCAACGACAAGGAAAUCAGGAGCUUGUGCUCUUAUCUUUUCGAUCUCAAGAAAGCCUCCGCCGAGGAAAUGCGUAAGAGCGUCUAUGCUAAUUACGCCGCCUUCAUUCGCACUUCCAAAGAGAUCUCCGAUUUAGAGGGGGAGCUUUCGUCCAUCCGAAAUCUCCUCUCUACUCAGGCUACUUUGAUUCAUGGUUUAGCCGAAGGCGUCAACAUUGAAGACUCUAUUCCUGCUCAACUGCAACCAAUUACCCUCAAUGGCUUUGAGGAUCAAGAGCCUUCCGAUUUGGAGAGGUGGGCUGUCGAAUUCGGUGACCUCCUUGAUGUUCUCUUAGCUGAGCAAAGCGUCGAUCAGGCUUUAGCUGCUCUUGAUGAGGGGGAACGUGUAGCCUCCCAAGCGAAACAAACUAAAUCGUUGUCUCCUCAUAUCCUUGGGUUGCUGCAGACGGCUCUUACCCAACGCAGACAGAAGUUAGCCGAUCAGCUUGCUGCAGCUGCUUCCCAGCCUUCUACUCGUGGUACUGAACUUCGUGCUGCUGUUUCAGCUCUUCAAAAGCUUGGGGAUGGCCCUCGUGCUCAUACUUUACUGCUUAAUGCACAUUUCCAGAGAUAUCUCUACAAUAUGCAAAGCCUUCGUCCCUCAAGUACCUCAUACGGUGGUGCAUAUACUGCUGCGCUCUCGCAGAUAGUUUUCUCUGCUAUAGCUCAAGCUGCUACUGAUUCACUGGCUAUAUUUGGCAAGGAACCCGCGUAUGCCUCUGAGCUCGUUAUGUGGGCUACAAAACAAAUCGAAGCCUUUGCUCUUCUUGUAAAAAGACAUGCAUUAGCAUCUUCAGCCGCUGCUGGAGGUUUAAGAGCUGCUGCCGAGUGUGUCCAAAUAGCUUUAGGUCAUUGUUCUUUGUUGGAAGCUCGCGGUUUAGCACUCUGUCCUGUUCUCCUCAAACUUUUUAGGCCUAGUGUUGAGCAAGCAUUAGAAGCCAAUCUGAAACGAAUUGAAGAGAGCACUGCUGCUUUGGCUGCUGCGGAUGAUUGGGUUCUUACUAACCCUCCAGCAGCUACUCGACAGUCCGGCAGGUCUUCUGUCACAUCUCUUGGUACUACCACAACAUUUCAACAUAAGCUUACAAGCAGCGCACAUAGGUUCAAUUUGAUGGUCCAGGACUUCUUUGAGGAUGUUGGACCCCUUUUAAGCAUGCAGUUGGGAUCCCAAUCCCUAGAAGGUUUGUUUCAAGUGUUUAACUCAUAUGUGAACAUGCUGAUAAAGGCAUUACCGGGUUCAAUGGAAGAAGAACCAAACUUUGAGGGUUCAGCAAAUAAAAUUGUACAAAUGGCUGAGACUGAAGCCCAGCAGAUUGCUUUGCUUGCCAAUGCAUCAUUAUUGGCAGAUGAACUACUUCCACGAGCAGCCAUGAAGCUCUCUCCUCUUUAUCAGUCAAAUUACAAGGAUGAUCCACGUAGAAGACCUGUAGAUAGGCAAAAUCGCCAUCCUGAACAACGAGAAUGGAGGAAGCGGCUUGUGAGUUCAGUUGAUAGAUUAAAAGAUACUUUUUGCCGGCAACAUGCACUUGAUCUCAUUUUUACAGAGGAUGGUGAUAGCCAUCUUAGUGCAGAAAUCUAUGUCAACAUGGAUGGAGUUGUCGACGAGGUGGAAUGGUUUCCAUCUUUGAUUUUCCAGGAACUUUUUGUAAAACUGAAUCGAAUGGUGAGCAUAGCUGCAGAUAUGUUUGUGGGAAGGGAAAGAUUUGCUACAUUGCUCUUAAUGAGGCUUACAGAAACAGUUAUAUUAUGGCUCUCAGAAGAUCAAAGCUUUUGGGAUGAUAUUGAGGAAGGGCCAAGACCCUUGGGUCCUCUUGGUCUGCAGCAGUUUUAUUUGGAUAUGAAGUUUGUAAUCUGCUUUGCUUCGCAAGGACGAUAUUUGUCUAGAAAUUUGCAUAGAGUCGUCAAUGAGAUCAUUUCUAAAGCGGUGGCAGCAUUCUCUGCUACUGGAAUGGAUCCUGACAGCGUACUGCCAGAAGAUGAGUGGUUUAAUGAGAUUUGCCAAGAUGCAAUGGAAAGAUUAAGUGGUAAAGCAAAAGGUACGGAUGGAGAUCGGGAAGUUAAUAGCCCCACUGCCUCUGUCUCUGCACACUCCAUAUCAUCAGUCAGAUCUCAUGGAAGUUCCUAAGGUAGCCUCUCCAGCUGUGUAUUCAUUCUUUUUAUCAACUUGUGCUCACAAAUUAAUACAUAUAUUUGUUUGUUUUGGUCAAUUUGUUGAUAUGCUAAAUUUGAUCAAAAUGGAUCAGGUUUAACUUUUUGAGAUCAAAAUUCAUAGUGUUUGUCA